AUGGCGGCUCCCAUGAGCCACGCUCAAGAUGGCGGAGCACAGAAUAUGGCAGCUCCCAUGAGCCACAUCCAAGAUGGUGGCGCCCUGAGGGAAGCGCUGCUGUGGCGCACUCAAGAUGGCGGCUCCAACGAGCCACACUCAAGAUGGCGGAGCCCUGAGGGAAGUGCUGCUGUGGCGCCACAUUCAAUAUGGCUGCGCCCUAAGGGAGGCUCUGCUGUGGCGCACUCAAGAUGGCGGCUCCCAUGGGCCACACUCAAAAUGGCGGCGCACUCAAGAUGGCGGCGCCCCGUGGGGAAGUGCCACACUCAAGAUGGCGGCGCCCUGAGGGAAGCGCUGCUUUGGCGCACACAAGAUGGCGGCUCCCAUGUGCCACACUCAAGAUGGCGGCGCACUCAAGAUGGCGGCGCCCUGAGGGGAAGUGCCACGCUCAAGAUGGCGGCUCCGGCCUCGGCGCCACCGGAUGUUCUUCCUCGUCCGCUUCCGGUUCCGGUGCCCCAUCGACACCUCGGGAUGCUGCUGCUGCUGCUGCUGCUGCUGCUGCUGCUGCUCCCGGUGCCGGCGGCUCCGGGCUCCGUGGAGGUGCUGCGGCCCCGCGGGGUCUCCCUGUCCAACCACCACUUCUACGAGGCCUCCAAGCCCUUCACGUGCCUCGACGGCUCGGCCACCGUUGCCUUCGCGUGGGUCAACGACGACUACUGCGACUGUCGCGACGGCUCCGACGAGCCCGGCACCCCCGCCUGCCCCAACGGCCGCUUCCAUUGCACCAACGCCGGGUACCGGCCCCAGAGCAUCCCCUCAGCCCACGUCAACGACGGCGUCUGCGAUUGCUGCGACGCCACCGAUGAGUACAGCAGUGGGGCUGCCUGCGACAACACCUGCAAGGAGCUGGGCCGGCGGGAGCGGGAGGCUCUGCAGCGCCGCGCGGAGCUGCUCCGGGCCGGCUUCAUCCUGCGGCAGCAGCUGGUGCAGGACGCGGCCGCGGCGCGCCGGGACAAGCAGGUACCG